GUCAAAUCAGACCGCAUCCCGAUGCGCGUGACUCCCAGAGCGACGGACCCAGAACGGGAUAUAUAACGCUCUCUGAGCCCAACCUCUGGGGACACAAGUUGACAUUGUCGGACGCGGAUCAAACUGUGAACAGAACUCACACCAAUGUCUUCCAAAGUCGUGGCUAUUGUAGGUGCUACAGGCAACCAGGGCGGUUCAAUUAUUCGGGCUCUUUCUUCUUCCCAGGAGAAAUACCAGCUCCGCGGUCUCACCCGUGCAGUAGACAAACCGGCUGCACAGGCCCUUGUUGGCCAGGGAGUUCAGAUGUUCAAAGGUGAUAUCUCUACGCCCACUAGCCUCAGUGACUUCUUCAAGGGGGCUGAUGUCGUGUUCGCCGUGACGAAUUUUUGGGAACACUUGUCCAAAGAACAGGAGAUCAAAGAUGGAAAGGCGAUCGUGGAUAUGGCGAAGGAAUGUCAUGUGAGUCUUCUGAUUUGGAGUUCGCUUGACGAUGUUUCGAAGGUUAGCAAAGGCAAAUAUACGCACGUGGACCAUUUCGACGGCAAACACGCUGUGGAGGAAUAUGCACGCUCGGUUGAACAGCCGGCCGUGUUCUUUUAUGCUGGAUGCUUCGCGUCGAAUUUUUCAGCUGGGGGUAUGGGUCCGAAGAAGCAAGAAGAUGGAAGCUAUGUCAUGGCCUUCCCAGUGCCAGGUUCUACGAUCAUCCCUAUCUUCGAUGUCGCCGACACAGGCAUGUUUGUGGCGGGGAUUUUGAAUGGUCCAAAGAAAUUGAUGGGACAGCGCGUCCUGGGAUUCUCUGAAUUCAUUUCUCUCAAUGACAUGGUGAAACAAUACUCGUCGGUCCGCGGCGUUCAGGCCAAGUUCGUUCAGAUCGAUUAUGAUACGUACGAGGCUUAUUUUCCGAACAAAACUGUGGCCAAGGAGCUCUACGAGAUGUUCGCGUAUAUGAAUGACUUUGGGUAUUAUGGUGAAACCACGGAUGAGGAAGUUAAACAAAGUCAUGAGAUCUGCGUGGGAAAGCCCACUACGUGGUCUGAAUUUGUGUCCAAAACGCAAUGGAACGACUGAUUUCAGUGCAUUGCACGAAAUGUUUGCGCGCGACGUCUGGUUGGUUUACAUCAUAUAGUUAUGUCAUUUAGUUUUUCAUAUUUUGGGUAUUAGUUAGUUGGCCUUAUGUGAAGCCGAUUUUGUCAAAUUGCAAGCAUAUUUCUAAUCUUUUCCUGAACACAUUUCCCGCCAUGUGUAACACAACCAGUUUUGGUUGUAGCUGACGUAACUCACUGAACGCCCCACAGCGCGUUCAGCUGUUUCCUGCGAACCAUCGGACUCGUAAGAGCGACCGCAGCGCAAAGGGCAAUCAUAGUCAACAGAAGCUGUCCCUUGCUGAAGCUCGCGCUUAAUUUGUCAAAUGACUGACUUGGCGUCACUCGUGUGAAAAACAUAUCCAAACCAAAGGCAAACACUAACGAAGUGCUCUCCAAAUAGGCAGGACCCGAAAUAAUAUCCUUCACCGCAAAGA